UCUCGAUGGUGUUUAUCAAUUCGUUCCCCGUUCCUUGUGUUAUCGUUUAGCGUUCGCCGUUCGACCAAUCACGAGCGAACAAAUAUCAAAAUUGAUUGUGAGAGCAAACGUCACAAACACUUAUUAUCAAAAUUCAAUCGUAAUGUGACAUCUGAUCUAGAGAAUUAUAUUUUGAAAAACAUGUCUUUAUCUUUUAUACAUAUUCUAUAAUAUUUAACAAUAACAAUUAUUUGUUUAUUUUGAUGUAACAUAAGAUGGAAGCAGUACCUGUGACUUUGAUUGUGAAGGCACCAAAUCAACAGAUAGAAGACCAAACCAUACAAUGCGAACUAUCGUGGACGAUAAAAAAGCUAAAAGGGUAUCUCUCAGAAGUUUAUCCUAGCAAGCCUAGUACGGAAGAACAGAAACUUAUCUAUUCGGGCAAGUUGUUAUCUGACACUGUUGUUCUGAAAGAUAUAUUACGUAGAUAUGAAGGUCAAGAUACCCAUACUGUUCAUUUAGUUUGCAUUCCCAAAAAUGACAAUAUUAAAGUGAAGACAAAAUGUCAGACAAAAGGUCCAGUAAUUGAUCCAAUACCAACGAAUCAAAGAGAAAAUGCAAGUACCACUUACCAGAGAAUUUUGUCAAAUAGUAGCACUAGUUCAUCGAGUGAAGCGAUAAAUCAACAGUAUGGACAGAGGAAUGAUUUGGCUAAUACACAGCCAGUGCCCCAAUGGAAUAAUGUUAAUGGAACACCAUCAAACCAAGUUGUUGUACAAAAUCUGUUAUGGUUGAACCAAGUUUAUACACAGUAUAUAACACAAUAUAUGCAAAUAUUACAACACGGAAUGGUUCCAGAAAAUGCUUAUCUUCAAAUGCUGCAGACGAAUUCCAUAAAUAUUCAAUCAAAUUCUCGGAUUUCUGAAAAUGACACAGCUCCACAAGCCCCAAAUGAUCCUGAAGUUGAGCAAGCUGCUGCUGCUGCUCCAAUAAAUGCUGUUGGUGUUGGUAUACCGGCUGAUGAAGUUGAGGGUGAACGUGAUUGGCUGGAUUGGUUUUAUUUCUUGAGCAGAAUAAUGGUCCUUUUUAGCAUUGUCUAUUUCUAUAGUUCACCAAUCCGAUUUUUAGUUGUCCUCAUACUUGGAACUCUUGUACAUUUGUAUCAAAUAGGAUUCUUUAGAAACGUUAUGGCGGAAAUUCACAACGAAAACAAUAAUGCACCAAAUGCAAAUGCUCCAAAUAAUAAUGAAAUUGUAGACAAUAUUGAUCAAAACCAAGAGACUCCUACUUUUAGUACACAUACCAGCACAACUCAACAGAUUACCCCAAAUGAUGAUCGACCACAUUUAUUCACAAUAUUGUGA